AUGGGUGGUUACCCAAAUCCGCGAGACUGCUCAAAAUGCAUUUGUCCACGUGGAUACGGUGGUGCGCGAUGCAACGAAAGACCACAAGCAAAAAAAUGCGGUGAAACACUUAAUGCCUCGCCCAAAGCAAACACUAUCUCUUAUACUGUGGGAGAUAUGUUGAACUCAAAAGAAAAGGAUGACUUUGAAGAAUGCUACUACUGGGUCCAGAAUCGCGGGAGGAAAACGAUCAAGAUGACAAUCAAGCAACUUGAAGUGAAAUAUAGUGUUUCGCCGAAAGCUACCUCUUACUACGUAAUUGUUAGUUCCGGUUGUAGCACUGGAGGAGUUGAGAUUAAAGCACAAAAAGAUCAGCUCAUGAGUGGCUAUAGAUUCUGUGCCGAAGAAAAUGUCGGAAAGACCAUUACCUCGUCCAACGAGAUAGUACCCGUCAUAAUUUAUAAUCGCAAAGGAGCAACUGAACUCGAGCUGGAAUACCGCACUGGUACGUAA